AAACAAGAUAGAUAGGCUUUUAUGGCCGCUGCUUUUCUCGCAGCAAGCUAUGGAGCAGCCGCACCUUUCAAUCACAGUGGCUGGAGCGGCAGAAACAAGGCAUGGAAUUGGAAUCUCCAUCGCGGGUUCAAGAGCUCAAGAAAUUUCAAGUGGUGGUGCCAAUGCGUAUCGAGCAAGUCUAACUACGGCUAUGGUGGCAAGCCAGCCGAGGAGGUGAGUGUGAUGGUCACCGGCAGCACAGGCUACAUUGGUCGAUUCGUGGUCAAGGAGCUCCUGAAUCGGGGCUACAAGGUCGUGGCAGUGGCACGCCAGGGAUCAAACGCAAAUCCCUCCGUGGAAGAAGAGAAAUCCUCCUCCGGAUCCUUAGAGUGUGUUACGGGGGAUGUGACCAACAAGGAAUCCCUGGAGAAGUCGCUAACAUCGCAGGGAAUUGGGAAGAUAGAUGUGGUGGUGUGCUGCCUGGCGAGCCGGAGCGGCGGAGUGGCGGAUUCAUGGAACAUUGAUUACCAGGCCAGUCGCAACAGCUUCGAUGUGGGAUUGGAGCUUGGAGCAUCACAUCUGGUGCUCCUCUCGGCGAUUUGCGUGCAAAAGCCACUCCUACAUUUCCAGCGAGCCAAGCUCAAGCUCGAGGCGGAGAUCCAAGGGCUGCCAUCCAAUCCGACGUGGAGCAUCGUGCGGCCCACGGCGUUUUUCAAGAGCUUGGCCGGCCAGGUGGACAUCGUCAAGGCCGGGGGGCCAUUUGUGGUGUUUGGCGAUGGACGCCUCUGUUCUUGCAAGCCCAUCAGCGAAUCUGACCUCGCAUCUUUUAUCUGCGACUGCAUCUCGGAUGAAUCCAAGCACCAGAAGCUGCUGCCAAUCGGUGGUCCUGGCCGAGCCUACACUCCUCUGGAACAGGGCGACCUCCUCUUUGAAAUCACCGGGAAGUCGCGAAGAUUUGUUAAGGUUCCAAUCCAGAUUAUGGAUUUCGCGAUUGGGCUGCUCGAUUCCGUAGCUGGAUUCUUCCCAGACAAUGCGGGCAUCCAGGAUGCUGCCGAGUACGCGAAGAUUGGGAGAUACUACGCAGCGGAGAGCAUGCUAGUGCUAGAUCCGGACACCGGAUGCUAUGAUGCCGAUGCGACACCCAGCUAUGGCACUGAUACAUUGGAAGCAUUCUUCCAAAGAGUGGUUAUGGAGGGCAUGGCAGGUCAGGAACUGGGAGAGCAAGUUCCAUCGUUCUUGCGUAGUGAUAGUUAAUACUCCGUCUUGAUGUACUUCUAAACAGAAUUCAGUCUUUUUACAAAAGACCUUCAUUAAUAUCUAUAAUUUACUGAUAAGGGGGAGGUUCACUGGC